AUGUAUCCAGAUGCAACUACUCUCAAAAAAACAAACUCGGGUUCGCACCAUGAGGGCCUUGACGUUGAAAACCAGAACUCAUCAAUCGAGAAACCACGCAGAAACAUGAGCACGGCACGCUGGUCUCUAGUCGUCGCUGCCAUCCUCUCAUCCAAUUUCCUCUUCGCCCUCGACAACACCGUCGUCGCCGACGUGCAGCCCGUCAUCAUAAAAGACCUCGGUAACGUCAACAAACUCACCUGGCUCAGCGUCAGUUUCCUGCUCGGCGCAACCGCCACAAAUCUAGUAUGGGGCAAAAUAUACAGCCAAUUCAACUCUAAAUGGUUCUACAUCGGUACCGUGGCGAUAUUCGAGAUUGGAUCCGCGAUCUGCGGAGCUGCGCCUUCGAUGAAUGUGAUGAUACUGGGAAGAGCGCUUUGUGGUGUUAGCGGCUCUGGGAUUUAUGUUGGUAUUAUGACGCUGCUUGCGCAGACGACUACGUUACAGGAACGGCCUAUAUAUAUUGGCGGAACGGGUUUUACGUGGGGACUUGGAAUAGUGCUUGGUCCGAUUAUCGGGGGCGCAUUUAGUGAUUCGCCUGCUACCUGGCGUUGGGCUUUCUAUAUCAAUCUGUGCGUUGGAGCGGUGUUUGCGCCGGUUUAUCUAUUUAUGAUUCCGAGCGUCGAUCCUCGUCCGGGUGUUCCGAUCAAGGAUCGCAUUAGGACAGUGGAUUAUAUCGGGAUUAUUUUUACAUUUGGUGCCUUCACGUCUGGAAUACUAGCCAUUUCAUGGGGUGGUCUUACAUACCCCUGGAACUCGGAAACAAUCAUCGGUCUUUUCGUCUGUUCUGGCAUCUUAUUCAUCAUCCUAGGUCUUCAACAAGUCUUCAGCAUUGGCACUAGCAAGGCAGAUCGUCUCAUCCCCAUUGAGUUCUUUUCAGAUCGCAUGGUCAUGAUCCUAUUCGCCGUGACGGCCGCCAGCGGCGCCGCAGCGUUCAUACCCAUCUACAUGGUGCCCAUAUUCUUCCAAUUUGCGCGUGGCGAUGCCGCUCUCGAUGCUGGAGUUCGCCUUUUACCAUUCAUCAUCGUCAUGAUUGUCUUCAUCUUCUCCAAUGGCGCUCUCAUGUCUAGGUUCGGCUGGUAUCAGCCCUGGUACAUAAUCGGCGGCGUCCUGACCGUCAUUGGUGGCGCAUUGAUGUAUACCGUCGACGAGACUACUUCUGUGAGUCGAAUUUAUGGUUAUACAGUUCUUAUAGGCGUCGGAGUGGGUAUGUUCAUCCAAGCCUCCUUUUCCGUGACGCAAGCAUUCGUUUCUACCGAGAAAAUCGCUUCUGCAAUUGGGUUUAUCACAUGUGCCCAAUUUGCCGGUAUCACCAUCGCAUUAGCGAUUGCCAAUACAGUAUACCUGAAUCAGAGUGAGACGGGUAUAGCGAAGAUAUUGCCAAAUUUGACGCAAGCCGAGAUUGAGAUUGCGAUGGAAGGGUCUGGAAAUACGUUUAUGGCGACGCUUUCGGCGGUUGAUCAGCAGGCGGUUUUGGCGGUUAUUGACCGGGCUAUUGCGAAGACGUAUAUUUUGGAGAUUACUGCUGGGGCGUUGGUUGUUGUGUUGGGUCUGCUGAUGAAGAGGCGGAAGAUUUUUGUUGGUGCGCCGGUGGCUGGUAUGUAA